AUGAAAUAGGGAAGCACUUCACACUCAAGAGUGAGAGACGUUAUAGUUUUUUUAAAAACACUCAUUGCUUAUUCACCCCAUUCCCGCCCAAGCCCCUCCAAAAAAGAACAAAUGAGUCUCAAUUCUUAUCAUCUUCAUCAUCAUCACUAUCGCAUGGCUUCCUUUUCACCCUUUCUUCUUCUUCUUCUCCUCCUCCUCUUCUUUCCCAAUCUCUCCCUUUCUUUUCCGGCCAAAAACGACACCGUUUUGCUCAUCAACUUCCGCCUCCAGACCGACACGCAUGGCAAUCUCCUCUCCAACUGGACAGGCCCCGACGCCUGCGCCGCCGGUUGGACCGGCGUUCGCUGCUCCCCGACCGGCCGGGUCGUCGCUCUCUCUCUUCCUUCGCUCAACCUCCGUGGACCGCUCGACCUUCUCUCCUCUCUCGAGCAGCUCAGGCUCUUGGACCUCCACGGCAACCGCCUCAACGGCACCGUUUCGCCGCUUUCCAACUGCGUCAACCUCAAGCUCGUUUACCUAGCCGGAAACGACCUCUCCGGCGAGAUUCCUCCGGAGAUUUCCUCCCUCCGCCGCCUACUCCGCCUCGACCUCUCCGACAACAACAUCCGCGGUUCAAUUCCGACGGAAAUCGAGAAAUUACACAGACUCCUCACGCUUCGCCUCCAGGACAACAUGCUUUCCGGCAAAAUUCCCGACUUUUCCGAGAAACUCCCCAAUUUGAAGGAGCUGAACUUGACGAACAACGAGCUGUACGGGAAAUUGCCGGAUCCGAUGCUGAGGAGAUUCGGAGAGGAGAGCUUCUACGGAAACGAAGGCCUCUGCGGUUCGAGUCCGUUGCCGGUCUGUUCCUUCACCGGAACGACGCCGUCCGAUCAGACCGUCCCGUCAAAUCCUAGCUCAUUGCCGCAAACAGUACCGAACGGCGAGGAAUCGAAGAAGCAUUCGCGGAGAUCGGGAGGAUUGAGCGCCGGCGCGAUCGUCGCGAUCGUGAUCGCGAAUUGCGUGGCUAUGUUGGUGAUCGUCUCGUUCGUGGUCGCGCACUACUGCGCAAGAUCGGAGCGAGGAUCGAAUUCGUCCAUGGCCGGAAGCGAGGCUGGAAAAAGGAGAAGCAGCUACGGAAGCGAUAAGAAGGUUUACGCCAACGGCGGAGGCGGCGGAGACAGCGACGGGACGACGGGGACGGAUCGGAGCAGGCUGGUGUUCUUCGACAGGAAGAAGCAGUUCGAGCUAGAGGAUUUGCUGAGGGCGUCGGCGGAGAUGCUGGGAAAGGGGAGCUUAGGGACGGUGUACAGGGCGGUGCUCGACGACGGCUGCACGGUGGCGGUGAAGAGGUUGAAGGACGCGAAUCCAUGCGCGAGGAAGGAGUUCGAGCAGUACAUGGAUGUGAUUGGGAAGAUGAAGCAUCCGAAUGUUGUGAAGCUCAGAGCUUACUACUAUGCCAAGGAGGAGAAGCUUCUCGUCUAUGAUUAUCUCGCCAAUGGAAGCUUGCACCAUCUUCUUCAUGGGAACCGGGGUCCGGGGAGAAUUCCACUGGAUUGGACUACAAGGAUCAGCUUGGUGUUAGGAGCAGCUCGCGGGCUUGCUCGGAUUCAUGAGGAGUAUGGCGAGGCCAAAAUACCACAUGGGAAUGUGAAAGCUUCCAAUGUUCUACUUGACAAGAAUGGCGUGGCUUGUAUCUCCGAUUUCGGGUUGUCUCUGCUUCUCAACCCUGUUCAUGCCAUAGCGAGAUUGGGAGGUUACAGAGCUCCUGAACAGUCAGAAGUAAAGAGGCUCUCUCAAAAGGCUGAUGUCUACAGCUUUGGAGUCUUAUUAUUGGAAGUUCUCACAGGUAGAGCUCCCUCGCAGUACCCUUCGCCGACUAGGCCUAAAUUUGAGGAGGAAGAGGAGACGGUGGACCUUCCCAAGUGGGUCAGGUCUGUGGUGAAGGAAGAGUGGACAGGGGAAGUGUUUGAUCAAGAGCUUUUGAGGUACAAGAACAUUGAGGAAGAGCUCGUUUCGAUGCUUCAUGUGGGGUUGGCUUGUGUUGUGCCACAACCAGAGAAGAGGCCUACAAUGGCUGAAGUUGCUAAGAUGAUUGAGGAAAUAAGGGUUGAGCAAUCUCCACUUGGAGAAGACUACGAUGAGUCGAGAAAUUCACUUUCGCCUUCUGUAGCCACCACCGAAGAUGGGCUGCCUUGAGAUCGAGAUUGUCCAACGUUAUUUGCCUGCGAUGUUCCAUGGUUGUUUCUAUGUCAUCGUCAUUUUUUUUUUCAUUUGCAUUAUCUCGCUGCUAAUUGCUGCUGCUGCUGCAGGCUCUCUCUACUCGGAUUCUAUGGUUGUCUAGCUAUGGUCUGUAAUAACUGUAAUUUUAUGGUUUUCUUGUUGUUGAAAGGUGUGAGAUCAAUGAUCUCAGUACUGAUCAACAAAGAAGACAGUUCUUUUUCUUUUUCUUUUUUUUUUUUAAAUUUAAUUAGCUUUCCUGUUAUGUAAUGUAGCUUUGUUCAGUUGUAUUUGUUUAUUACUCAUAUUCAAAGUAAAGA